AUCAAACUCCGAAAAGAUUUUAAACGCCUUAUUCAACCCCCCUCUAAGGCGUGGGCACAACGUCUAAACCGACUAACAGACUCACAUGUUCAACGGCACCUCCGACAACUGGCCGCUCCCCUAUGCUCUCCUUGUCAUGGAGAUCCUUGAUGAGUUCCACAUCAAGACGGACGUUGGGCCCAAAUGCAAAGGAACGAAGCAUUGGGAGAUUGACGAGUCUUCCUUCCACCCGGGAACCGAUGAAGCUACGUUCCCGCAGCCUCGUCCUCGCCGCCAACCGAGAGCCACUGCCUCGACCGCCGCCACUUCGACCAACCCUUCUCUUGCCAAGCAAAUGGCAUCCUUGACCGCCACUCUCUCUCGGAUUGACACCAACGUCUCCCAAACGGCCCAAAAUAUAAAUAUUUUGAGCCGAGAGCUUCACGGGUACUUUGACUUUGUCAAUUACCCUUACGCUCAUAUGGUCCCCUACGCUCCUCCACCGAAUGUCGGGGGUGCACCAAGCGGGACUAAUAACAUUGGGGGAGAUGAAGAGGUGGACGAUGAGGAAGAGGAAGAAGACAAGGAAGCGGAAGCCGAUGAUGAUGAUGAUGAUGAUGAUGAUGACAGUGGUGAUGAAGAGGAAGACGAAGACAUUGACGAAGAACAGCUUCUCAAUGAUCUUUCACCAGACUUCUAGAGCUCUAGCUCUAUUCCCUUCUCUUCUUUAUUCUUUUUAUGCUUUUUAAAUUUGCUUCCGUUAUGUACUCCGCUAUUUCCCUUAAUUAAUUAAUAACAAUGUUGGGAAAAAUAUUAUAGAUUUUGAUGAUGAUUUAUUUAGAAUGUAAUAUGGACUUUAGGUCUCCCCCAAUAUUCAAUGUAAUUUUUCUUUUUAGAAAUAUUGUUAAAACCAAGUUCUUGAGUUUUCCAAUAAAACUGUGAUAUUUCU